AGACUAAUAUAAAUACCCACGUAAACUUCAAGAGGCCAUAGCCACCUUAGCUUUAUUCACUACUCACCACUCACUAGUGCUCCAACAACCAUUUCAAACAGUCCAUUACCAAAAAGUGAAAAAAAAUGAAGCCUGUCGUUGCAAUUUUGCUACUUGUGUCAGUGUUUCUAAGCUUCUCCUUCCUUCAGUUCACUAUGGCUGAAUCCACCACCGGGGAUGCUCCAAUUCCAAGUUUUUGUGACUCCAAAUGCGGUGUGAGGUGUGCAAAUGCAGGAGUGAAGGACCGUUGCAUAAGGUAUUGUGGAGUCUGCUGCCAACAGUGCAACUGUGUUCCUUCAGGGACAUAUGGAAACAAGUCUGAAUGCCCUUGUUACAGAGACAAGUUGAACUCCAAGGGCAACCCUAAAUGCCCUUGAUUAUUUAUUAUGUGACAUUUACCAAUCACUUUCUUCAUGUUUUGUACGUUUUGGUUUAGCUACCUACUGGGUAUAACUUUGGUUGGGAUUUAUAUGGAAGUGCUUUUCUUGCUUCUGAGUUCUA